UAGGCAAAAUGUGACGGGGGGGGGCGUGGCAGAGUGUCAUGUUUUGUUGCUAUAAAAACUGAAACGAGCGAAAGGAGGAGAUAAGAGCGGCUCCGGCAGAAGAAAAACCUCACUCUUCUGAGAAAUCUCUGAGCUUAUAUGGAAAGGCAGCACUCAACCAUGAAGUUUCAUGCCCUGUUUCUUCUCCUGCUGCUGGCUUGCAUGUAUCCCAGUGUGGCACAAGGAUCCUACGAAAACUGCUGUUUGAGGUACGCGGCUGUAAAGAAAACCAUCAGGAGACAUGUCGUGGGUUACAGAGCGCAGGAAACCGACGGAGGAUGCAACAUUCCCGCCGUUGUCUUGAAGCUGAAGAAUUCAAGGACGAUCUGUGUCGAUCCGAGACUGCCUUGGAUACAACCGCUGAAACAGAAACUGAACGAGAAAAACACUGUCAGUGCGUAGUGUGCAGAGGACUGAACUGUGUGUUAACGCAAAAUAUGUUAAUGUCACCAACACGCCGGUGUAACAGUAUAUAGUUUAUACCACUAUCAAUCCUGCUGAUUCAUAUUUCCCACACCUAUGAAUUGCUAUCUUCAUGCAGAGGUUCAUAAUGAACCGUGAUGUAUGGCCCGCUUCGGUUCAUUGUAUCAGAACAACGUGAAUGUACGAACUGUGAAUGUUUGCUCUCUUUGCCUCCAAGCUUUGUAAAGAAACUUUUUACAUAUUUUUAGCCCAAUAUAAUCUGUGAACAGUAUAGCCUGCGUAAGUGUGUUCGUGUUUCUGCGUGCGUGCGUGCGUGUGCGUGUGUGUUUGAGUUGGUAAGAGGUCAGUACAUAUACAUUUAAUGCAUUUUUUUAAAAUAAAGAGUUGCAGUUGUGCA